UUGAAUCGUCCUCCACUUGGUUUCUUUCUUAAAAUAUUUUCAUAAGGCGAAUAACCAAACAAGUGACUACUCAUUAAUAAGACUCUGCAAUCAGUGUUCAGUGUUCAGUCUGUUUAGUAGGAACCAACAACCAAAAUGGGGCAUUCUUCCAUUUCAGCGGUAAUCUUCCUCUGCAAUCUUCUUCUUCUCUUGUUCUCGCCAUCACAUGGUGCCUCCGAUGAUGCGGCGCUCCACGCCAAGAAGCUCAUCAGAGACCUCAACUUGUUCCCCCACGACGAUGUCAACGUCGUUCUCACUGCUGCUAAUUCCUCACUCCAACCCCGCAAGAUCGUGGAGAAGCGCCUCAGGUUCCCGAACCUAGUUGGUUCCGAUUCCGAGCCUUCGGUUGAGGAUUUGGGUCACCACGCUGGGUAUUACCCCAUUAAGCACUCACAUGCUGCAAGGAUGUUCUACUUUUUCUUCGAAUCACGCAACAGCAAGGAGGACCCUGUUGUAAUUUGGUUGACAGGGGGACCUGGGUGUAGCAGUGAGUUGGCUUUGUUUUAUGAAAAUGGCCCUUUCAAAAUAGCUGACGAUUUGUCUCUUGUGUGGAAUGAGUAUGGUUGGGACAAGGCAUCAAACCUUUUAUACGUAGACCAACCAACUGGAACUGGCUUUAGUUACAGUACUGAUUUGCGCGACAUUCGUCAUGAUGAAGAGGGUGUCAGCAAUGACUUGUAUGACUUUCUUCAGGCCUUCUUUUCUGAGCAUCCCCAAUAUGCAAAGAAUGAUUUUUUUAUUACAGGCGAAUCAUAUGCUGGACACUAUAUUCCUGCUUUUGCAACACGUAUCCAUCGUGGAAACAAAGCUAAAGAAGGAAUUCAUAUAAACCUGAAGGGAUUUGCCAUUGGUAAUGGGCUUACUAACCCUGCAAUUCAGUAUAAAGCUUACCCAGAUUAUGCGCUGGAAAUGGGCAUCAUUAAGAAGGCUACACAUAACCGCCUUAACAAAGUAUUGGUUCCAGCCUGUGAAUUGGCAAUAAAGCUAUGCGGCACUGAUGGAAAGGCUGCCUGUGCGGCUGCAUAUGUAGUAUGUAAUGCCAUAUUCAGUGACAUCAUGUUACAUGCCGGACAAACAAAUUACUAUGAUAUCAGGAAAAAGUGUGUGGGGAGCCUUUGUUAUGAUUUUUCAAACAUGGAGAAGUUCCUGAACCAAAAAUCUGUUCGGGAUUCACUAGGGGUUGGGAAAAUUCAUUUUGUUUCUUGUAGCACCAAAGUUUAUACAGCUAUGUUGGUGGAUUGGAUGAGGAAUCUUGAAGUUGGUAUUCCCGCCCUUCUUGAGGAUGGAAUCAGUUUGCUUGUGUAUGCUGGGGAAUAUGAUCUCAUCUGCAACUGGCUUGGUAAUUCAAGAUGGGUUAAUUCCAUGGAAUGGUCUGGUCAGAAAGAAUUUGCAACCUCACUUGAAGUUCCUUUUGUUGUUGAUGGAUCAGAAGCCGGAUUAUUGAAGAGCUAUGGACCUCUAAGUUUCCUAAAGGUCCAUGAUGCGGGUCACAUGGUUCCAAUGGACCAGCCCAAGGCUGCAUUAGAGAUGCUGAAGAAGUGGACUAGUGGAACCCUUGCUGAAUCUAGAGCUGAUAAGGAAAAUUUGGUUGCUGAUAUGUGAUAUCGUUUUUACUUAUUUAUAAUUAGUCUAGCAAAAGGGAACAUAAUGAGAACAGAAAUUGCAGUGAAGUGUGAUCAGUAGGUAGUUUGCUGGAUGUGAUAACACCCGCAAACUUGGACAAGUUCUAAAAUGACAAUGUACUGAAAACUUCUGAAGGAAUAUGCUUAUUUUUGUUUAAUAUAAAAUCAGAUUUCUGUGUGUACUUCUGAA